AGUGCCUCAGCAGGCAUGAGCCUCAAAACCGUGCUCAUCCUCCUUGGUCUGGCCUUAGCCACGAUCUUCGCUUUGGUCUGCGUGCUGCUGACCAGGGAAAGGAGCCCCAGGACGUGCCAGCACCUGCCCCCGCAGCAGGAGGAGACGGAGGAUGGCCAGAGCCUGGUGUUUGCUGACCUGACGGCCGAGGAGAUGUCGCAGGUGGUGCGGUACCUGCAGGGCCACCUGGGGGUGCCGCUGGUGGAGGCGUCGCGCGCCGAGCCCUCGGAGAACUGCAUCGCCUGGCUGGACGUGCAGGUGCCCGCCAAGGCAGAGGUGCUGCGGUUCCUGGACUCAGGCGGGGCUCGUCCCCCCCGGGAGGCUCUGGCUGUGCUGUACUUUGGGAAGCAGCCAGAGCCCAACAUCACCGAGCUGGUGGUGGGGCCGCUGCCCAGGCCGGCGUACCACCGGGACGUGACGGUGCGCAAGUACGGGGGGAAGGUGCCCUACCACCGCAGGGCCGUCACGGGCAGGGAGUACGCGGAGAUCAACGCCCUCAUCCACAGGGAGCUGAGGAAGGCACCGCUCUUCCUCACCGCCUGCUGCGAGUCCAACGGCACCGACCUGGUCACCCUCACCACGGCCCCACGGGGAUUCAAGUCUGGUGACCGCCUGACCUGGUUUGUUCUUUUCCACAAUGUGGCUGGCACUGGCUACUACCUGUCCCCAGUGGGGCUGGAGGUGCUGGUGGACCACGGGGACCUGCACGUGUCCCGGUGGCAGCUGCGCAAAAUCUUCUACAACGGCCGCUACUUUGCCAGCACGGGGGAUCUGGAGCAGGAGUUUGUGGUUGGUGCACUGGAGGUGGUCAGACUGAAGCAGCCCCAGGCUGAUGCAGUGCUGGGCUCAAUGAAGCCCCGGCGCCCUCCUGGGCCCCCGGGCCCGCUGCAGUUUGAGCCGCAGGGUCCCCGCUACAGCGUCAGGAACAAUCACGUCACCUUCCAGGGCUGGAGCUUUGCCUUUGGCAUGAACCCCAACACUGGCCCACGCCUCUUCAACAUCAGGUACCGUGGGGAGAGGAUUGUCUAUGAGCUGAGCCUGCAGGAAGCCUUGGCCCUGUACGGCUCCAACUCUCCCGGGGGAAUGUCCACCCGCUACCUGGACGGCAGCUUUGGCAUCGGCCGGUUCGCCUACGAGCUGGUGCGGGGCCUGGACUGCCCCUACACAGCCACCUACGUGGACCGGCACUACCUGGCAGAGGCAGACACUCCCAAAACCAACCAAAACUCCCUCUGCAUUUUUGAGCACGACUCUGCCCUCCCUCUGAGGCGCCACUUCUCCGACUCACAGUCCUUCUACUACGGCGGGCUGCGGAAGAACGUGCUGGUGAUCCGCGCCAUCUCCACGCUCAUCAACUACGAUUACAUCUGGGAUUUCCUGUUCCACGCCACCGGCGCCGUGGAGGUCCGGGUGCACGCCACGGGCUACAUCAGCUCCUCCUUCCUCCAUGGCCGAGGCACUGACUAUGGCAACAGGGUUGGGCCGCACGCGCUGGGGACGAUGCACAUCCACCAUAUCCACUACAAGGUGGACCUGGACGUUGAUGGGCAGCUGAACUCCCUGGAGAGCCAGGAUAUGGAGUAUGAGUUUGUCAAAGAUCCCUGGAGCGCACAGAGCACCAUUGAGCGGCCGCACCUCCGCAGGGAAAGGCUGGAGAGGGAGGAUGAGGCAGCAUUCCCACUCAAUGUCCCCCUGCCCCGCUACCUCUCCUUUGUCAGCCCCAAUCCCAACAAGUGGGGGCACCCACGCAGCUACAGGAUCCAGGUCAUCAGCUUUGCUGGGAAGCACCUGCCCACCAACAGCUCCAUGGAGCGCUCUGUCAGCUGGGGCAGGUACCAGCUGGCUGUCACCAGGAGGAAGGAGGAGGAGCCCACCAGCACCAGCAUCUACAACCAGAACGACCCCUGGACACCCACUGUGGCCUUUGCUGACUUCAUCAACAACGAGACCAUCACCAACCAGGACUUGGUGGCCUGGAUCACUGUGGGCUUCCUGCACGUCCCUCAUGCUGAAGACGUCCCCAACACAGUGACAGUGGGGAACAGUGUUGGCUUUUUCCUGAGGCCCUACAACUACUUCAGCGAGGACCCCUCGGUGGAUUCAGCUGACAGUGUGUACUUCAGCAGUGAGCAGGAGGCUGGGGCGUGUGGGGACAAUCCCCUCGCCUGCCUGUCCUCUGCUGCCACCUGUGCCCCCCGCCUGCCCCCCUUCCACUUUGGGGGCUUCCUCAACCUCAGCCUGGCACCGCCCCUGGGUGGGCUCUGA